AUGUCCGACUCAAUAGAGAAGAUUUCUCAUGAUGGCUCGGAACCCCAGCUCGUGAAGCCAUCAGCCAACUCGUACGACCUAGGGGAGCGCCGCCGAGCCGCCUUGGCCGACGUCGACAAUGCCAAGUUCUCUUGGUUCCAUGCAAAGGUCUGCGCGGUUGCUGGUGUUGGUUUCUUCACCGAUGCAUAUGAUAUUUUUGCCAUCAACAUCGCGUCGACUAUGUUGGGAUAUGUCUAUGGGAAAGGCCAAAAGCUGAACCCCGAUCAGGAUCUAGGUGUCAAGGUCGCGACACCAGUUGGAACUCUUGUUGGUCAAUUGCUUUUUGGUUGGCUCGCUGAUCUCGUCGGUCGUAAGAGGAUGUACGGUGUCGAGUUGAUGAUCAUGAUCAUUGCUACCUUCGGUCAAGCUCUCUCUGGUAGCGGUCCUGCUGUUCACGUCAUCGGUGCCUUGAUUGUCUGGAGGUUCAUCAUGGGGGUCGGCAUCGGUGGUGACUAUCCGCUAUCUGCAGUCAUUUCAUCAGAGUUCGCCUCGACGCGCAUAAGAGGUCGCAUGAUGAACGCCGUGUUCGCGUCGCAGGGCUGGGGCAACUUUUGUGCCGCUCUGGUGGGAAUCAUUGUUGUAUCAGCUUACAAGAACACCACCAUAAACGACAACCCCGCCACCCUCGGCUCGAUUGACCCCCAAUGGCGACUUCUCAUCGGUCUGGGCUGUGUGCCCGGUGUUAUUGCUCUUUACUUCCGUCUCACAAUCCCAGAGACUCCACGUUUCACCAUGGAUAUUGAACGUAACAUUGAGCGUGCCACGGCCGACGUCAAGCAAGUCUUGGACCCUAAUCUCCCCGCCGUCGACGAUGAUGCCGUUGUCCGCCGAGUACAAGUGCCCAAGGCUAGCUGGGCCGACUUCAGGCGAUACUUCUCUGAGUGGAGGAACCUCAAGAUCUUGAUCGGUACCAGUUACUCAUGGUUCGCGCUUGAUAUCGCUUUCUACGGGCUGGGGCUCAACAGUGGUAUUAUUUUGCAAACAAUUGGUUUCGGUUCACCUGCCCAUGGAUUGCCCGUCCCUAUCACUGCGUACCAGAAUCUUCGCAAUAUUUGUGUCGGCAACUUGAUCCUCUCCGCCGCCGGUUUGAUCCCUGGUUACUGGGUUUGCUUCCUCUUCGUAGACUCCUGGGGCCGCAAGCCUAUUCAACUCAUGGGAUUCAUCAUGCUCACCAUCAUCUUCGUCAUCAUGGGUUUCGGAUAUGAUAAACUCACCGCCACCCCCGCUGCUACCGGUGCAUUCGUAUUCCUAUACUGCUUGGCCAACUUCUUCCAGAACUUUGGUCCCAACACGACUACUUUCAUCAUCCCGGGUGAGGUGUUCCCGACGCGUUACAGAAGUACCGCACACGGUAUUUCUGCCGCGAGUGGCAAGCUCGGAGCCAUUGUCGCACAAGUCGGCUUCGCCCGAUUGAAGGAUAUCGGUGGCCCAGUCAACAGUGGUCACUUCGUCAAGCAUAUUUUGGAGAUCUUCGCCUUCUUCAUGCUUACGGGUAUCUUCUCCACGCUGCUCCUCCCUGAAACCAAAGGAAAGACACUAGAAGAGCUGUCGAACGAAGAUCAAGAUGGCUUCGUCAAAGGGGAAGAAAGACGCCGGGUUGUAUAG